CGUCACAGGCAGUACAGUAGAGCAGCAGCUAUGUGGCAGAGUGUAUGAGACAGUCAGACAGACAAGGCUAAGCUGGGCAGGGCGGGGGGUGAGAAGAGUUUGGGAAGAUAUUCUGUUGACUGUGGUUGUCACCGCGACUCCGCUCGGAAGGCAGCUAGCCGCACAGCAGGACGCGGAGCGGAGGAGUCGCCGGACAUCAACGUUUUCCCCGGUUUACGUUACCUGGAUCGAGUGGAGAAAAGCGACGGAAAGAGCGAGUUUCCAGGCGAAUGAGUGCAGCAGCCCCGGGAGGAGGGCAAGUGUGUGCUGUGGCGGGGCGCAGUUAGCGAAAGAUGAACAAAAACCACCGAGUGCCGAGCAGCCGGACUCUGAGCGCCGUGGAGGUGAAGAGCAAGUUUGGAGCAGAAUUUAGGCGCUUCUCUCUGGACCGCUCCAAGCCGGGCCGCUUUGAUGAGUUCUACGGCCUGCUGCAGCAUGUUCACCGAAUCCCCAACGUUGACCUGCUGGUGGGCUAUGCUGAUAUCCAUGGAGACCUCCUGCCAAUCAACAACGAUGACAACUACCACAAAGCCAUUUCUACAGCAGCACCCCUGCUCCGUCUCUUUCUGCAGAGGAAAGAGGAGGCGGAAUACUCUGCAUUCGGCACCAACUCCUUGACCCGUAAGAAGACUCCGGCAGCACUGGCAGCAGUCCUCCUGCGACCGGACGCCAACAGGAAGAAACCUCCAGUCAUCAUCAGCCUGCCGAAAGACUUUAGGCCUGUCUCCUCCAUCAUUGACGUGGAUAUCCUUCCCGAGACACACCGGCGAGUGCGUCUAUACAAGCACGGACAGGAGAAACCGCUGGGCUUCUACAUCCGCGAUGGCUCCAGCGUACGGGUCACGCCCCAGGGCCUGGAGAAGGUCCCUGGCAUCUUCAUCUCUCGCUUGGUGCCCGGCGGCCUGGCUGAGAGCACGGGUCUUCUGGCUGUCAACGACGAGGUGCUGGAGGUCAACGGCAUCGAGGUGGCUGGCAAAUCCCUGGACCAGGUUACGGACAUGAUGAUUGCCAACAGCCACAACCUCAUCAUCACCGUGAAGCCAGCCAACCAACGCAACAACGUGGUACGUAACAGCAACAGCGGGGGUGGGGCUGCUUCAGGCAGCUCAGGGCGAUCAUCUGACAGUGGAGCCAGUUACUACAGCUACUCAGCGCCAGGAGCUGUGGCGAUGACCCCGUCGCACAUCAUUCAGAACUUCCGGCCGGAGGAGGUGGAAAGCGACGACGACGAGGAAGAGGACUUGGUGAUUGAGACCGGAGGAGACAUGCGACUUGCUCCGCUGUCUGCAGCAGGGGCCACGGCCAGCUAUAGCAUGCCAAGUCUGCCCAGGUACGAGCCUCACCUUAACCUCCGCCAUUCUAACGGUGCAAUGGCGACUAGCUCCAGUGUGGGGUCAUUGAGCACCAAUGAGAGGGGCUUAGAGAGGAGGAAUCUAGAAGAAGACGGAACUGUGAUCACACUGUAGAGAUGAGCCACAAACAAAAGAAGAAAGGCACUGCGGCAUGGGACGCAACAUGAACACACACAAUACAUACAGUGUGCAUAGACGGUGUGUGUAUACUGUAUAUUUACAGUAUAUAGUGACUCUUGAGUAAUACUCUUUUUUAUAGUAGUCAUCCACAAGCACAAUACAUUUAAACACCCCUUGCAAAAUACCACUACUACUACUACUACUGCAACCACAACGACAACAACAAAAAACAUGCCAACACCAUCUCUCGUGCCAUAGGACUAAUGAUGCCUGUCUCUCGACUCUUAAGUGACUCGCAAAGCCUAAAACAAAGGAAGGUCUCCUGUAGAAAUGGCCUCCAUAAACUGCAUCCUACAGCACUUCUCUUCAACCACAGGAAGCAUCUGUACGCUUCCCUCCAUGUUCGGGGGCCCAAAAAUGAAUAAUAAUAAUAAUAAUAAUGGACUUGACUUGACCAAUGUGAGUGAAUGUAUGAAUGAAUAAUUGACUAAUUGAUUGAUCAAUCAGUUAAUUGCACGUCUGCAGGUUCUACCUGCUGCAUAUGGAACGACGGAGGAAAACUGUUCUCCUGGGAGAAGCGCUAUCACUGACGACAAUCCGCUUUCGCCUAGACGAUGCUCCGUCUGGAGUCACGUGGCUCCGGUGUCUGAAGCUAGAACAUGGCUCCGGUGUCUGAAGCUAGAACAAAUUACAGUGACUUCCAUUCUUCAUGGUUACAAUAGUAACUGCUGAAGGCCAGUCUUCUGGCAUUAUUAUACUCUUAAACUAAGAGAGGAGUGUGGGAUUAUUUCCUAAUGUUCCCGCUAAUGCUAAGUCAUAUUUGCAUUCGCAUCUGAUGUACUUUUCUAGUAUUUCUCGAGAGAUUCAUUCGUUUUUAUCAAACAUAUGCUAAAUAGGAUGCUUUGUGUAUGAGGAUGUGAUUGAUCUUUUAUCUUUUAUGUAAGGGUUUAAUUGAUUGGGAGGUACAUUUUGAAGCUAAUGUGCUGCACAAAUUAGGAUGCAGGCCUUGUGCUAAUGCUUUCGAUCAUUGCCAAGAACCUAAAAAAAAAAUCAGUCAUAUUUUUGGUAAUUGUUUUGUACAAAUCCGUGUAACAAGGGCUGUCACGCAAGUCUGUGGCAUCUGAUUAAUUUUUAUUCAGUACAUCUUUUCGUUGAUUACAUGUGUACAACCCCAUUACCUUAUGCAUUUCAUCCACCCAGGAACAUAUCUGACUACUAUGUUCUGUGCACUCUGAAGUGGAAGAUUUUCAUGUUUUCAUGUAUGACGAGUGUUGCUACCCCUCCCAGAACAAUGCAGCAAUGCAGAUACUUUUGGAAUAAUUUUUCUAACAUCGAGGUGAGGUGCUGUGGCACGUUCAGGGGUCUGAAAUGAACUCUGACCCACAGCGGAUCACCACCGGGCCUUUUAGCAGUUGUGUAACUUUGAAAUGGUGUAGAUGUGAACACAGGCAGCGAUAUGUAAGCACAUGUGCAGUAGGCACGUUGCAGGCCGGCUGCAUUUAGCCUUAUCUAACAAAGAUACGCACCUUCUCUCACUUUCCAUGAACCAAAACACUCACACUCACACACCUGCAUUUCCUUUUCAUGACUCGCAUACCUUCCCUGAUACUGUGCUGCUUCGUAACGCAAGGUGGAGUCUACCUACCUCUGGGUGGAUAAUAAUGACUGAGCUCAGUGUGUUUCCUCUGAUGCCUCCAAGACAGUAGAAUACUAGCUAAAUACCUACAAACAAAUGGGCCUACAUCACAGUACCAGGCGUAUCUCUGCAUAAACAAGGGAAAGACCUUACUAUUUUAAUGCAUUCCUUUCUGUCAGUUAUAAUGACUUGAUUUUGCUGCUGUCCAGUAAAAAAACGUGUCUCCAUUUUUGACAAUUUUUAACUUUUCUCCAUUGUUUGAAACCUGUAGCUGCUCUGUAUUUUUUGUAAUUUUUUGGGGACAAAAGCACCAAGCAUGUGGAAGAGUACUUUUAUAACGUACAUUCAGCGUAGUUCAGUUUCCUUUCAGAGCAGAUGAAUCUGGUUAUUUUUAGCAAGGAUUGUUUUUGCUGCAUUAUAGCUUGUCAGCAAUUGCUUUUGUUUAACAAUGUGUGAGCGAACAGAUAAAGACUGACUGACUGCUGUUCUGAAAUCACCAUAUUUGUAGUAGCUCUUGUAUCAGUGCCAUUAGCAGCGCUAAGGUUGCCAGGUAACAAAAAAAACUGUCAAUAAGAUGUAAUGUGGCCAGAAAAACUUUUAAAACUCAAAUAUUUUAGAAUUAAUAUAUUUGGCUUUGAAGGGAUGGUCACAGUGGCAGCACAUUUAUCGGAAUAUUUUGACGCCUCCUCACUUAAGAAUACUACUGCUUUCAUUUAAAAAAGAAAUGUGUACGACUGCAUCUUAAACUUCUAUUCAAAGUUACGGUUAUCUCCUUUGAGAUACCAUUUUGGAAAUCCAUGUUUUUCUUUGGACAGUAGUAAUUUACACUAUGAUUUCUACAAUUGCUGCUCCUGCUUUGAACAUUUAAACACUUGCAUCAAUAACAGAUAUAUGGAUGGCAGUCAUGGAAGCACCAAGGCUAUAAACAACAAAACACAAUACAUUUUACUAUAAUGGAUGUAACGAAGUGGUACAUGUUGAAUGUGACUGAACUGCUUGCUAAAAAAAAAAGCAAGCACACCUGAGAUUCCCACAGUUUCAUCCAGUGCUCUUGUCCAGUGGAUCUCCAUCCAUACUGUAACAACAGUAGCUCAAAAUCUUUCCUCUCCUCUCUCUCUCUCUCUCUCUCUCUCUCUCACUCGCUCUCUCUCUAGUUCUAGCCUACCUGCAGGCUCGCCUGCAAAAAUACCUGAUGAGAAUCCCAAACACUGGAAGACUGUGACCAGAGCCUAUACCUUUCUACCUACACUUCUCUCCUUUUUACACAGACACUUUAACGAGCUUGCAUCACAACAACUGGCUUUUACUGGUACAUAAUUUUACAUGACAUAGUAUGAACGGGGGGAGGGUUGGGAUCUAAUGCUCUUAUUCCAAACUGUUCUUUGUAAAAGCACGAGUGACCUUAUGAAUGGAGUUUUAGAAAAGCAUUGUUAAUUUAUUUUAUAUGCUAACCACUACACACAUACUUGGGGAUUGUAACCACAGUAAAUGUAUUUAUUUUCUAAUCGACACAAUGUGUAUUUUUACUGUUUUUUUCUUUUCUUUUCAAUUUUGCUAAACUUACAUCUCAUGAUUGUUUUUUUUUUUAGUUUUCAAUUGUGGAUCAUCUCUUCAAACUGAGGUCUCUGCGCAAUUUGUAGCCACUUGAUGAUUUUAGCGAGAGGUUUUGCUCAGAUUUGAUGGGGAGGACAAAAUGAAGAUUAUAACAUGCUGUUUGUCAUACUGUGAAUUUCAUUUCAUUUCUGGAGGAGACCUGUAUGUGACCACCAUACUAAUGGGCUUUUAAACCUUGUUUGUGUCAA